AUGUCGGGCGUGGUGGAGACCGUGAGCGCGGCCCCCUCCCUGUUCGCGCGGCUGCGGCGGCGGGUCUCGGGCUGCGAUCUUCGCGUCGUCCUCCGCGGCCCCCCCGCGAGCCCUGGGACCCUCCCCCGCUUCGACGGCGAGGCCCGGGUCGAGGGCGACGUCGUCCUCACGCCGACCGCCGGGUCUUUUCACCACCGCGGCCUCCUCGUCGAGCUCCUCGGGACGAUAUCCACGGGCCGGGGCCCGGUCGACCGCGCGGAGGUUUUUCUUCGCCAGCAGCGCCGCUUCGCGCCCGGCGCCGUGGUCGCAGCGACGACUUUUUCGUUCAGCUUUGGGGGGGGGCGCACGUACGAGUCCUACCACGGGGCCCGCGCGCAGGUGGACUACGUCGUCCAGGCCUCCCUCGAGCGUGGCCUGCGAAGCACCACGGCCUCUGCCGGGCUCUGGAUCACUCGCCCGUCGGAGGACCCCGAAAAAGAACCCCCCAUCCCAAACGACAACGAAACCGAACGCGAACCUCAAAAUGAGAUGAAAAGCGAAGGGAUGGACCCUCCGUGGCGCUGCCGCAGGCCUGUUGUCGGCCUCGCCAACACGCGGGAGCUGUCGAUGGAAAUCGGGGUGGAAAACCUUCUGCACAUUGAAGUGCGCUACGAAAAACAAACUUUCCACCUCGCGGACCAGAUUUUGGGCAGGGUGGCGUUUAAAACCGCGAAUAUGGACCUCCAGCGGGGGGAGGUGGCGGUGGUGCGAAAGGAAUUUAUAAUCGGGGGGGACGACGAGGAGGUCGAGACGGAGGUGCUCCAUCGCUUUGAGAUCAUGGACGGUGCACCGAUCGUCGGGGAGGUCAUCCUAAUUCGACUCUACCUGAUCUCCGUCCCAGGAUUGACACCAAGUUAUGCAAACGUGGGGAAUAAAUUUAGAGUAUUGCACUUUCUCGAUCUCAUGCUUCUCACACGCGACGGGAGGAAGUAUUUCAAACAGCAGCAAAUCCAUUUUUAUCGUCAAAAAGGACAGGAAGGGAUGGGUGAGGGAAGUGUAAUGUAG